UAUGCUCGCACGUCCUCUUUCAUACACAACCCCUCUUCGUCUCCACGACUCCACCUUCUCUUAUCUCUCUCUACUUCUACUCCUCUUUUUCCUUCUGCAACUCAGAUAUUUUCAAAAGCGAUCAAGAUCAACGAAAUAUCUGAUUCUUGGUCGAUAUCAUUGACCGACACUUCUUUCCUCUUUUAACUACUUGUAAAUAUAGUACAAUAUAUAGUAUAUAGAAAAUAUAAACAUGAAGCGAGGUCUAGAUAUGGCGAGAAGCUACAAUGAUCACGAAAGCAGUCAAGAAACAGGACCCGAAUCACCAAAUUCUCUAACCUUCAACGCUACCAUCUCUUCUCAGUCACAUAAACGAAGUAGGAGAUCCAUAGAGAAGAGAGUAGUGAACAUACCGAUGAAAGACAUAGAGGGUUCUCGGCACAAAGGCGACACAACUCCACCGUCAGAUUCGUGGUCUUGGCGUAAGUACGGCCAAAAGCCCAUUAAGGGAUCUCCUUACCCUAGAGGUUAUUACCGUUGUAGUAGCACAAAAGGUUGUCCGGCAAGGAAGCAAGUCGAGAGAAGCAGAGACGAUCCAACGAUGAUUCUCAUCACUUACACCUCUGAGCAUAACCAUCCUUGGCCUCUCGCUUCCUCUUCUAGAAACGGACCCAAACCUAAAACCGAGCCAAAACUUGAACCAGAAGUACUGCCCGAGGUGGAGCGGGAGGAGGAGGAUGAUGAUAAUAAUAAGUUUAUGGUUCUUGGGAGAGAGAUCCAAACAACGCCGUCUUGCGUCGUUGAUGAGUUUGCUUGGUUUAGUGAGAUGGAGACCACGUCUUCGACCAUUCUUGAGAGUCCGAUAUUUUCAGCAGAGAAAAAGACAGCUGUCUCGGCGUCGGCGGAUAAGGUGGCGGUGUUUUUCCCGAUGGGGGAAGAGGAUGAGUCUUUGUUCGCCGAUCUCGGCGAGUUACCGGAGUGUUCGGCGGUGUUUAGUCACCGGAGUAGGGUAGUGGGGUCACAAGUGGAGAUCUUUUGACACGUGUUGGUAUUUUAUUGGAUAUUAUCGUUGCUCACAUGGGAAGCGUUGUACGCACGGCGGUUUUUGUUGUUUUUUUAAGCUUCUCAACGGUAAACAAUAACUCAUCAUAAGACUGUCUCCAGUCUCUAUACACUUGUCGUUAAAAAAAAGUAUGAUUCGAUUUUGUAAUUUCCACUCUACUCUUUGAAUAUUGUCUUUUUCUCUAUUUA